AUGCUCAUGAGCUCAUUCCAACAUCACGAGCAUGACGUCCGAUGCCCCAUUAUACCCGUGGCAAACCCGCCCGCCGAGCUCCACAAAUCAUUGCCGCCGACCCGGGGCUCCACCGACAUCGCCGGACUAGAAAAGCCGACUGGUCCCCCUGGCUUCAAUGACGCCUGCCAGGAAGCGGGCCAUGAAGCAGUCACCGCCGCCAUGGACACACCGAUUUCCGCCGCGCCGACCCUAGCGGGAGACCUCACGCCCCCGGCCGGUCAGCCCCUGAGCGAUGCCGCCGAUUCCAGCCCCGACACGGCUGGCGAGUCCGAUCACGACCCCGAGCCCGGCUACGGACCAGACGAGAACAAACUCGCCCACCCGCCAGCCGAGAAGCCCCGCCACCACGGCGGCACCACCAACAGCGACGGCGACGGCGACGUCGUCGGCUGGGACGGGCCGGACGACCCAGAGUGCCCGCGCAACUGGCCCGCGCGCCGCAAGGUCCUCUUCGUGGUGGUCACGUCCGGGAUGAUCACGUGCGUCUCCUUCGGGUCGAGCGUCUUCGCGCCCGCGGAGCACGUCUUCGCCGAGGCCUUCGGCGUGCCCCUGGUCGUGGGCCAGCUGGGCGUCGCGCUCUGGAUCCUGGGCUUCUUCGCGGGCCCAAUCUUCUUCGGGCCCGUGUCCGAGCUGUUCGGCCACCUGCUGCCGCUGGCCGUCGCCGUGGCGGGCAUGUCUGUGUUCCAGAUCCCGAUCGCGCUGGGCGGCAACGUGCGGACCGUGUUGACAUGCCGGUUCUUCUCGGGCGCGUUCGGGAGCGGCGCCUUUGCUGUUGUGUCUGGGACGUACUUUGAGCUGUACGAGCCGAUCCCCCGGGGCGUGGCGCUGGCUUCCUCGGGCAUGUCCAUCAACCUCGGCGCCACCAUCGCUCCGGUUGCCGGGGCCUUUCUCUCCUAUGAGGCCCACUGGCGGUGGACGGCCUGGGUGACCCUGAUCUUCGCCGGGGUCCUGUGCCUCGCUGCGCUGUUCACCGUCAGGGAGACGUCGAGCCGGAAGAUCCUGCAGCUCAAGGCGAAGAGGCUGCGCUUCGAGACGAGGAACUGGGCACUGCACGCCAAGUCCGAGGAGACACCCAUCGAGUUCCACGACAUUAUCCAGCGGUACCUCACCAAGCCGGUCCGCAUCAUCGUGCAGGAGCCCAUCUUGGUCAUCCUGACGGCCUAUCUCACCCUGGUCUACGGGAUCCUGUACCUGUCCUUCCAGGCCUUCCCGGCCGCGUACCAGCAGCGGGGCUGGUCCGUCCCGAUGAGCAACGUCCCGUUCCUCGCGGUGCUCCUGGGAGUUGUGUCGGCGUUCCUCACCUGCUCGCUGUACACAGUGACGUACUACAAGAGGCGAGUCAUCGCAAACAAUGGCAUGACGGAGCCCGAGUGGCGUCUGCCUCCCAUGGUCCUCGGGGCUGGUCUUCUCCCGCCUUCCUUGUUCUGGUUCGGCUGGUCGGGGAACGUGCAUUGGAUAUGCCAGGUCAUCGCGAGCUACAUGAUCGGGUACGGCCUGCUGCUCAUCUUCAUCACGGGCAUCGUGUACCUUGUGGAUGUCUAUCAACAUCACGCCAACUCGGCCAUGUCGAUACAUGUCAUCAUCCGGUCCCUGAUUGCAUCUUCGUUCCCGCUUGAUGCUCUGCGCGCCGGUUACAUUCUACUGUUUCGGGGCGAGGAUCAGGAGCUGGAGUAG